CCGGAAGUGUCAGCUGGUGUCAUGUGAUGGUUCCUUCUGGCAGCCUGCCUGAGGAGCGAUGUGAAAAAUAAGAGUGUGUUUGUGAGGAGGGCUUCCGGACUACGAGGUUUGGCCGCAGAAGAAGCGAUCCAGGAUGCAGAACGUCAUAAACACGGUGAAGGGGACAGCGCUGGGAGUGGCCGAGUUCCUCACUCCCGUGUUGAAGGAAUCUAAGUUCAAAGAGACUGGAGUCAUUACCCCAGAGGAGUUUGUUGCAGCCGGAGAUCACCUGGUUCAUCACUGCCCCACGUGGAAGUGGGCCUCCGGGGAGGAAGCAAAGGUGAAGCCGUAUUUGCCCCAGGACAAACAGUUCCUGUUGACCCGUAACGUUCCAUGUUACAAGCGCUGUAAACAGAUGGAGUAUUGUGACGAGCUGGAAGCCAUCAUAGAGGAGGACGAUGGAGACGGGGGCUGGGUGGACACCUACCACAACGCAGCAGGUGUGCUGGGAGUCACAGACGCUGUGCGAGACAUUUCUCUGGACAACAAGAAGGACAAGAACAUGAACGCCACGUCCGCACCGCGCUGUGAUGACGAGGAGGAGGAGGAUGAAGACGGAGAAGCAGCGGACAUGGAAGAGUACGAGGAGAGCGGCUUGUUGGAAACGGAUGAGGCCACCCUGGACACCAGUAAAAUGGUGGAAACCAAAGCAGAGGCUGGCAGCGAGGACGCCAUCCUGCAGACCAGAACCUACGACCUGUACAUCACCUACGACAAGUACUACCAGACGCCUCGACUCUGGCUCUUUGGAUACGAUGAGGACAGGCAGCCGCUGACUGUGGAGCAGAUGUACGAGGACAUCAGCCAGGACCAUGUGAAGAAGACCGUCACCAUUGAGAACCACCCCAACCUGCCUCCACCCGCCAUGUGCUCCGUACACCCGUGCAGACAUGCCGAAGUGAUGAAGAAGAUCAUUGAGACGGUGGCUGAAGGUGGAGGAGAGCUGGGAGUGCAUAUGUAUCUCCUGAUUUUCCUAAAGUUUGUCCAGGCUGUCAUUCCCACAAUAGAAUAUGACUACACAAGACACUUCACAAUGUAGUUCCAUCUGUGUAGAAGUGCUUCAGCUAACAGCAUAUCUGCUCUGCUUGGUCUCAACACAACUAUACAACCGGUUUAUUUUACUUUAACGCUUUGUGGACGUAGGAGUGCUGAGCCUGUGAUGAAUCUUUUAUUGUAUGGUCUGCCUGUUCUCGUUGACACCUCAAAAGUCCAUCUGCUGACAGUUAGCAUCUGUAUGACCCUGUGCAGAUGCUAUAGAUGGUUUCUAUCUAAUCUACAGCUUUCUGAAAAUCAGACCUUCAGCCCAGCGAUAUCUUGAUUAAAUGACAUACAGCUGCUGCAUUCUGACAACUCAAACUCAUUCCUCACUGCUUCAUGUGCACCAGUCAGGUUCUAAAAAAAUGAAUGAAUAAAUCUAGCUGAAAAAAAA